GAGGGGAAGAUGGUGGUGCUGUCCCUCGCCAUCGGACUGGCCGAACAAGAUGACUUUGCCAACCUUCCGGAUCUACAAGAGGCACCAGCCAACAAAGAAACACCUCCCGCCGACAAAAGAUCCAAUAAACCCGGCAGCAGCCCUAAAGGUCAGACCCCAGACGAGAGCAGCCGCCGGACAGACGCUAACUCCUCCGUCUCAGACCUGGCCAACUCCGUCACCAGUGACAUGCUGAUGCUGUCCCCGGGCUCUGAGGAAGAGGAACACGAAGGACCCGUGUGUGAGAAGCUGGGACGCAUCCAGUUCAGCGUGGGAUACAGUUUUCAGGACUCCACGCUGACGGUGAAAAUCCUGAAGGGCCAGGAUUUACCUGCCAAAGAUUUCUCCGGCACUUCAGAUCCAUUCGUCAAACUCUACCUUCUGCCAGACAAGAAGCACAAACUUGAGACCAAGGUCAAAAGAAAGAAUCUCAACCCUCACUGGAACGAGACCUUCCUAUUCGAAGGGUUCCCCUUUGAGAAGGUGGUCCAGCGCACACUGUACCUGCAAGUGCUAGAUUAUGACCGUUUUAGCAGGAAUGACCCUAUAGGAGAGGUGUCCAUCCCCCUGAACAAGAUCGAUCUGGCCCACAUGCAGACCUUCUGGAAGGAGCUGAAACCCUGCAGCGAUGGCAGUGGGAGUCGAGGAGACCUGCUCGUGUCUCUGUGUUACAAUCCCACUGCCAACACCAUCACUGUGAGCAUCAUCAAGGCACGCAAUCUCAAAGCCAUGGACAUCGGGGGAACAUCCGACCCCUACGUCAAAGUGUGGCUGAUGAACAAAGAUAAGCGAGUGGAGAAGAAGAAGACGGUGGUGAUGAAGAGGUGUUUGAACCCGGUGUUUAAUGAGUCCUUCCCCUUUGACGUGCCCGCUCACGUCCUCAGAGAGACCACCAUCGUCAUCACAGUCAUGGAUAAGGACAGACUGAGCCGCAAUGAUGUCAUAGGCAAGAUCUAUCUCUCGUGGAAGAGCGGCCCAGCGGAGGUGAAGCACUGGAAAGACAUGAUGAGUCACCCGCGCACUGCCGUUGCCCAAUGGCACGCUCUCAAAGCUUGAAGGACCCGCCCACCAAAAUUUGUUUAUGGAGACCCUUCCUUUAUUCACUGCUUUUAUUUUUUUCCCACCAAAAAGAGGCUAAGCACUGCCAUGAAGACCGGGAGAGAACGUAUUGGUUAAACGGACUCGUCUUCCUUGAGAUAAAAAGUUCGACAAGUCGACCGUUCUCUGAAACGGCCGAAAACAAUCUCCCAGACGGACCCUUCUACCGCCAUGUUUGUGUCUCACCUCCCUCGCUGCCGGAGAGAUCCAGAAGGAUCGCAACCACAGUGCAAUACCUAGCUGAAGGAGGGAUGAACUCGUUGUGUGUUGGACUUCGUCACCUCUUGAUGUUUUUCUCAGAAACAAGUGUAGAAAUUCGCUGGAACUCUUCGUCGUCUG